UCUAUUCUCAUUCCUUUCUACAAAAUAAUUUGUUUAAGAAAGAAAAAGAACAAAUAAAAAGGCAUUAAUAUUAUAACAAUAAAUACAGAAGCAUAACAAUAACAAAAGCAUAAAAGCAUUCGCUCUUCGUAAUCUGAAAGCAAUUCCUAUUUCAUUUCCUCUACCACCAUCAUCACCACCACCACCGGCAACACCAAUCCAUUACCACUCGUGGUGUGAGUAUUGUGUGCGCAUAUCUAUCAUAUAUGGAAACCACAAUUUCUCGUCGAUUCUUAUAAAUCGAGAUUUAAUCUAAAUUGCGGUAUGGUUCAACAAUAAACAAGAAUGCCAGGUGAGGUGAUUUGGACUCAAGAAAGUGAGAGAGCAGCGAGAGGUAUGGAUCUAGAAAAUUCAGAAGACGACAGAAGGAGAAGGAAAUCGAGAUCUCUAAAGAAAAAGGCAAUGAGUGCAUCCACAAGGCUUACACAUAGCCUUAGGAAACGAGGAAGGCGUGUGGCGGAUUGCAGAUUUGCUGCAAUUUCGAUUCAUGAUGUUCGUGACGCCAAGGAGGAAGCUGCUGUUAAUGCCUUCCGUCAGGCAUUAAUUCUAAAAGACAUGCUUCCACCUCGCCACGAUGAUUACCAUACUCUUCUGAGGUUUCUAAGGGCCCGAAAGUUUGACCUCGAUAAAACACUUUUGAUGUGGUCAGAGAUGAUCAACUGGAGGAAAGACAAUGGAGUAGAUUCAAUUAUCCAGGAUUUUGUAUAUGAUGAGUAUGAAGAAGUCCAGCGUUAUUAUCCUCAUGGUUACCAUGGUGUAGAUAAAGAGGGUCGACCUGUUUAUAUUGAAAGGCUUGGCAAAAUUGAACCUAGCAAGCUAAUGAGUGUAACCACAGUGGAUCGGUUUUUAAAAUAUCAUGUUCAGGGAUUUGAGAAGACCUUUACUGAGAAAUUUCCUGCGUGUUCUAUUGCAGCCAAGAGGCACAUAGAUUCUACGAUUACAAUAUUGGAUGUGCAUGGCCUGAAUUGGAUGAGUUUCGGAAAGGUUGCACAUGAUCUAGUUAUGCGUAUGCAGAAAAUUGACGGUGACAACUAUCCUGAGACAUUACAUCAGAUGUUCAUUGUUAAUGCUGGUAGUGGAUUCAAACUGCUAUGGAACACAGCAAAAGGUUUUCUAGACCCAAAGACUACUGCAAAGAUAAAUGUUUUAGGCAAUAAAUUCCAAAAUAAGUUGUUGGAAAUUAUAGACUCAAGCCAAUUGCCAGAAUUUCUUGGUGGAUCCUGUUCGUGCCUGCAUGAAGGUGGUUGUCUUAGAUCUGACAAGGGGCCCUGGAAUAAUCCAGAAAUAAUGAAACUUGUACAUGCUGGAGAAGCAAUGUACUUGAGGAAAAUGAAGAGUUCUGAUGAUGAUGAUGAUUUAGAUAUCAAGUUAUCUGCCUCUAAGGUUUCAAGAAGUGAAAUAUUUCCUGCUGAUUCAGGCUUGGAUACAAAUCCAAACACCUCAGGCUUCGUACAACAAAUGCCAUUUUCAGAGAAAGGAAGAAUGGGUGAUUCAUCUUCUAGCCGCAGCCUGGUUGAGCACAUUCCUUCAACGGUUGAAGAUUCUAGUUCAACAAAUGAUUCAACCAAUGAUGUCAGUACCAGAGUGCUGCAGAAGAAUUUCGUUCCACAGAUGAUGAAUUUUGUAAUUCACUUCAUGCUCAAAUUGCUAGCGUGGAUAUAUCUUCUCCUCCCAGGGAUGGGGAGAUUCCUCGCAGCACAACAUUCAGAGAGACAGUUGCCAAACCAACUGAGCCCAGUGUUAGCAGAUUCAAGUUCUCAAGGGCAAUGCGUUAGAGAGGAAGUAAAAGAGGAAUCUCUCCAGCCUUGCUGGCAGAGGCUGCAACAUUUAGAAACAAUGGUAAAUGAGCUGGUUAACAAACCUACCAAAAUUCCUCCUGAGAAAGAGGACAUGCUUCUUGAAUCAUUGAGUCGAAUUAAAUGUAUUGAACACGAUCUACAGAAGACAAAAAAAGCACUGCUUGCAACUGCAUCAAAACAGGUGGAGCUUGCCAAGUCACUGGAAAAUCUUAAAGAGACUGCCUUAGCUGGGGUGAAUUCUUGUUGGCCAAGAAACUGCAGGUAUUUUCCUCCGGAAAGAUGAGAUGGAUGGAUCUCUUUGAAGAAGAAGUUUUCUGAUGUUAUUGCAAAACGCCCUUGUGAUUCUGCAGAAUUCAGUUGCUACUAAUCGCAAACUAGCGACAUCUGACUCAAAAGGAUUAGCUUUGUAGAUUGCUGGUCUUCAGAGGAAAAGAAUGCCCCAUUCUAUCAGCUUGCCGAGGAUUGAGAAAUGUUUGAGACGAGCAUUGCGGUGAGCAUGUACCAUAGAUUUCGUGUUUUUGUACAUAUAAUGAUCCUUUUGUUUUUGUUUCUUUUUCCUUAUAAUCGUAUUCUCAGACUGACAAAUAUGUAUAACUACAUCCAUCUCUAAACGAAAUGUUCAUUUCAGAAAGAGCUUUUACAAGUUUUUUUUUUCUCUUUUUUCUUUUUGAAGUGAGGCAAUUUUGGUGCACAGCUUUUCUUGCUAACAUUAAUUUGCGCAAGAGCUAUUGAUACCCAUUAUAAGGUGUUUUGUGAA